CGACGGCGGCGUAACGGCAACUACAGGGGUCGGCGCAACUCGGACGCGAGGAUGGACGAUCUGACGAUUCGUCGAUCACAGGCAAGCGAUGCAGCCGUCGUAGGUGAACUGGACGCACCCGAGAAGACGACUCAGAUGAUCAUGUAUGGGCGAAGCCACGCCAACAUGCUGAUCGAAACGUCGUACUUGGCACUCACGGCCGAGACGUCCACGGGAGAAAUCGUUGGGUUCAUGAGCGUGAACGACCAGCCUCCCGGUGACUUGUGCGAAGAUGCUGGGUACUUGGAGUACCUCUGCGACAGCUUUGCAGUCGAGAACUACCCUGCAAACAACACCCUGUUGCGACUCAAGAUUCACACGACUCUGUUUUUGACGUGUUUUGUCUUCAAGUCGACCACCAGCGCCAUGGUGAUCCUUCCAGAAAUGCUGUCGACGAUGUUUCACCUGUUAACGUCCAUCGAGUCGGUUGUGUUUCCAUCGCACAAUUCCCUCGGUCAACCCGACUUGGCGCCGUUCCUACCGCACUUUCACCUGGCGACGAAAGUGAGCCCCAACACGAAACGCUACGACGAAGAGCUGUUUGGUGAGUUCGACGUCCUCGUGUGUCCAAGUGAGGCGUUUCUGCCUUCCAUUACCAUUCGCAAGGCCAACAUCGAAGAUCACGACGACCUGGAACCGAUUCUAAAGGCUCAGAACCAAGCGCUGGUCGAUGCGUUUGGUGACUACUUCUUGGCCGAGUUGAUUGGAUCGCAAACGUCACACAACAUGUGCUUGGUCGCGCAACCGUCGCCCGCGCCGUCGCGGGCUGUGGGUAUCAUGGCGAUUUCCGACGAAGUCGACUUGGGAAUAUUACGCGACUGCUUUGACCUGUCCGUGUACAACAAUUUGCUCAAGCCGCCGUCGUCGUCGAUGACUUCCCCCGGCUCCCGCCUCGAAAAGAUCUUGAAACGACGCAAGAGUCCAAAAAUGAUCAUGCUUGGCCCGCCGGCGAGCGGAAAAACCACCCAAGUCGACAAGCUGGUCGCUCAGUACGGUCUUGUCCACGUCACGAUCAACGUGCUGCUGCGGGUCGCAAGCCGCAUGAACCACGCACAUGGGAAAAAGGUCAAACGCCAUCUCGAUAAGCACGAGGAAGUUCCAGACGACAUUGUCUUGUCGUUGCUCGCGGAUCGCCUCCACGAGAGCGACUGCAUCACACAGGGGUGGAUCCUCGAUGGGUACCCCACGACAGAAGCCCAGGCCCAUGGCAUGAGUCAGCGAGGGAUCAAGCCGGACGUCGUAAUACUCCUGGACGUCCCAGACGACGAAGUUUCGCAGCGACUCGUCAAAGUUAGCGCUGGCAUGGAGACAAAGCCCCGGUUGAAGAAGUACCACGACCACGCGCCUGGCAUCCUCAAGUGUUUUUCGAAAGACCAAGCGCUCAUUCAAAUCGACGGCACCAAGGACAAGGAAGUCGUGACGUACUCGUUGAUUCAGGCGCUGUCGACGUCCGAGAAGACCAAGCUCAAUCGCCAACAUCGAACCGAUCCGAGCGCAGCGCCGCCGACGUUUGUGAUCUGUGGCCCUCCUGCGGGCGGCAAAGGCACCCAAUGCGAGCUUCUCGUCAAGCAAUACGGUGUCGUCCACUUGUCGACAGGGGAUAUCCUCCGCGCAGCGAUCAAGGCUGGUUCCGAUCUUGGGCUCAAGGCACAAACGUACAUGAAUGCAGGCGAGCUCGUCCCGGAUGACUUGAUCAUCCGUGUGGUUCUUGACCGCCUCAAGGAGCCCGAUUGCCAACGGCAAGGCUGGCUCCUCGACGGGUUUCCGCGCACGGAAGUCCAGGCGCAAACGAUGGUCGUCCACGGCAUCGUGCCACAGCUGCUCAUUGUGCUCGACGUGCCCGACGCAGAAGUGAUCAAGCGCAUCUCAGGACGCCGCGUCGACGUCGACACUGGCAAGACAUACCACUUGAUCUACAACCCACCGCCCCCCGAGCUCAAAGACAAAGUGACCCAACGCGCGGACGACACGGAAGACACGAUCAAGGUCCGCCUUGGCCACUACCACACGAAUUGUGGCGCAAUCGUCAAAACGUUCUCGCCAACGUCCACAGUGUUGACGGUGGACGGCAUGCUGGCCAAAGAUAAGAUUGCUCAGGACAUUGCCAAGGCACUGGCGAAGCCCUCAGUGACGGAGCAGGAAGCGGUACCCACCUCAGCGUCACCGACGCCAUGGAUGGAAACUCCCACAGGCCCGCCGAAGCUCAUCAUUUGCGGCCCACCUGCCGGCGGCAAAGGCACGCAAUGUGAGCUGCUCGUGCAACAACAUGGUGUGGUCCACUUGUCGACGGGAGAUAUUCUUCGCGCUGCCAUUCAAGCUGGCUCCGACGUUGGUUUGAAGGCAAAAACCUUCAUGGAUGCGGGGGAGCUCGUGCCAGACGACGUGAUCAUUCGCGUCAUUGUCGAUCGGCUCGACCAGCCCGAUUGCCAGCAGAAAGGGUGGCUUCUCGAUGGGUUCCCCCGAACAGAAGUGCAGGCGCACGCGAUGGUCGGGCUCGGGAUCAUUCCUCAUCUAGUGAUCAUCCUCGACGUGCCGGCGUCCGAAGUGAUCCAGCGCAUCUCGGGCCGCCGCGUCGACGUCGCCACGGGAAAAACGUACCACUUGGUGUUCAACCCGCCGCCGCCUGGGGUCGAGGUUGUCCAGCGGUCGGACGACACGGAAGACACGAUCAAGGUUCGGUUGACAAAGUACAACGAAAACUGCGGCGCCGUCAUCAACACGUUCUCCAAGACGUCGCGGGUGCUUCGCGUGGACGGGAUGCAAGGCAAAGACAAAAUUGGCGCCGAGAUCCACCGGGCGAUCAAGGGCGGCGCAACGGCAAAGCACGAAGCGAUGCCCCCCAAGCUCAUCAUAUGUGGCCCGCCCGCCGGUGGAAAAGGCACGCAGUGCGAGCAACUCGUCAAGAAGUACGGCGUCAUCCACUUGUCGACGGGCGACAUCCUUCGCGAAGCCGUUCAAGCCGGAACGGACACGGGAUUGAAAGCGAAGAAAUACAUGGACAUGGGCGAACUCGUUCCGGACGAACUCAUCAUGGACACCAUCUUGGACCGACUGGGCCAACCCGACUGUGCCCAACACGGGUGGCUCCUCGACGGGUUUCCUCGCAACGAAGCGCAGGCGCGAUGCAUGGUGUCGUUCGGCAUCUUGCCUGACAUGGUGCUCGUGCUCGACGUGCCCGACGAAGACGUUGUUGCGCGGAUUUCAGGACGCCGAGUCGACCCCACGACGGGAAAGACAUACCACAUCACGUUCAACCCACCGCCUGCUGACGUCAGCGAUCGCGUCGUGCAGCGGUCGGACGACACGGAAGCGACCGUGCGCAUCCGCCUCAAGACCUACCACUUGAACGUGAAUGCCGUUCUCAAGGUGUUUGCCCCGCUGGCGAACGUUGUCCGGUUCGAUGGUCAGGCAAAGUCGAGCGCGGACAUGACGACCGCUAUCUUUUCGUCGAUUGACGAUGCCCGCGCGCUCGUCGACGUCGACGGCAAUGCGUUCCUGAUGACGCUGUUUUGCAUCGAUGACUCGUACGUGGUGCGGUCAACUGCAUUUCUCCAGUAUGCGUUUUCGCUGUUUCCGCAAAAAGAGUACUGCCUCGUGACGGUGGCGCCGCUUUCCACGCAGCCGUUGGUCCUGUCCAACUUUACUCUGGUGCCCCCCAAACCGUCGAGCACGUACUCGCAUUGCCUCUAUCUCUUGCACCGCGACGCGCUUCCAUUUCUGUCGCCUGCUCCAACUGCGUUGUCCGUCGACAUUGCCCGGUUCAAACUGUCCGAGUCGUUCGACCAACUCGCCCCCCUCGUCGAGACCUUGCCUCCCGCGUCCAUCGCCACGCUCGAGGACGAGAUGGCGCUCGCUGCCGAAGAGGACGAAAUUGGCCUCGAAGACAACCCGAAACACGUGCUCUUUGUCGCUCGCAUUCACGGAGUUGUGGUCGCAUUGGCAUCGCUGUCUCGCGACCACGAAGUCACGAAUUCGUUCAAGCAUUAUUUCGACGUGGAGCAACUCGUCGUGCUGACCCACCAUCGCGCCAAGGAUCAAGCGAUGCUGACGCAUUGGGUGCUCAAUCCGCUAUACGCAUGCGCUGGCCGCGUGAUCCUGAAGGAGUGCAUGCGCCACUUCAAGAAGACGUGCCUCUUUGCACACAUCGCGCCGCAGGCCCACGUGAGUCCCGUGAUCGUCCAAGACUUUGUCCUGGCGUUGCCGCGCCGCCAGAUCGUCUUGCCUGCAACCCACGAGGACAUGGACGACGCUAAAAAGCAGCAGCACUUUGCAAAAGGUGCCCUGUACUUCUUCACCAAGAGACUGCUGUCCGAGCCGAAAAUGAUCGUCAACACGCGCAUUGUCGUCGUGGGGGCGUCCGACACGGGCCUUACUUUGCUCAAGCGCCUUCUCCACGUCCCGUACGCUCGCUUUACCAACAUCACGCUGGUCUCGCCCGACGGAUUGAAUGUGUUUCCGUCGCCGGCAUGGCCGCCGGACCUCCGCUACUUUCUUCGACCCACCCUUCUGACCUCGACGGAAGUCACCCAGUACGGCAUUGAGUCCCAUGCCCGCAUUGUCGAGAGCCGACUCGUCCAAAUCGAUCGUCAAGCCAAAGCCGUCGUCUUGGUCGAUAACUCGUGCCUCCCGUAUGACUACCUCGUCCUCACGACUGGCCUCACGGACGGCACCAUGACCAAACUCCACUUGACGUCUCAGUACGACGGCGACACGUACGUGCCUCCCAGCGUGCCCACGGGAGUGUUCUCGUUGAACGACGUCGCGUCAGCCAAGGUGGCAUUUGAUGCGGUCAAGCAAGUGGCCGGCAAGUGUCCCCGCGUUGUCGUGAGUGGCGCGUCGGCGUUCGCGUUGAGUGUCCUGCACGGCGCGUUGGCCGUGGGCAUAACCAACCUCACAUGGCUCAAACCCAAGCCAGGAAGCGCGCCUCCGAUGAGCAACGACCUUCGCGUACUCGAAGUUGUCAACGCCCUCGUUCAGCAGCAUGCGAUCGUGGUGCUCGACUUCCAUGACCUCUCGUCCCUCGCGGUAAACGCUCGCACGAAUGCACUGGAAGGGUUACAUCUGCUUGCGACGCCUCCACCCGACUCGACGUCCAUGGGGGCGACUCCGUCCCCUCGACGCGAGCUUCCCCACCAAACUCUCGUGCCUUGCGAAGUCUUGCUGUGCUGCACCUACGACGACGCCGACUACGACGCCUUCCGAGCGAUCAACGAGUGCGGCCUCGUGUAUGACGGGCGAUUGGUCGUGAAUUCGCGAUUCCAGACCACCGACCCGUUCAUUUACGCCGGCGGAAGCUUGUGCCGGUUCUCUCGACGGUUUCCACAGGCUCUGUGUCAACAGCACUACAGCAGUGUCGAGUGCGGUGAGCUCCUGGCGGCGUCGCUCUUGCAGGCGAUCGAUCCACUCCUCGGCCAUGCCGUGUCCGGCACCGACAUGGACGUCGCCAAGAAAACGCCACCACCCAAGUUCACCAUGCCCAAAGUGUGUUCGCACGCUUGGAUGGGUGCGAUGCACUUCGUCCACAUCAACCUCCCCGACGUCCCCGCGACACUGAAGAGUCUCACCACCGAGCGUCCCGACGGAUCGAACUACUGCUGCCUCCAGUUUGACGAGUAUGGUGUCCUCGCGACCUUGACGUACGUCGGGAAUGACGCGGUCGAAGUGUCCAACCUGCAAUGCGUUGUGGGGUUGCAUGAAGCGUACUUGAAUUGCGCGAUUUCGUCGUUCCAGCAGAACCUGGUGACGGACUGGAUGACGUUUUUCCGACAGCCAUGGGCGUCGGCCAUCUACCAUGACCGGUUUCAAGAGUUUUGCGUCCGACUCAACACAGCGCUCAAGUACGACGAGGGCAUUCGCAUCGUUGUCGAGGAGGUCAAGCGUCAUGUUGCCGAGACGGGCGACCUCAAGGAAGCGAUGGCCAUGGCCCAAGCUCAAGCAGGCCGUGGCGGCAAAGCUCUCAUGCCAACCACGAAGAAAAUGAUCGAGCUCAAUCUUCUCGACUACCUCUCGGCGAAUCGAGAAGUGCUCAACAUGUACUUCCUGCCGCACGCUGGCGGCACCAGCGACCAUGAUUAGAAAUGGGACAACUGUCACCCCAUUGCAAUGUACUAUGGGACGACUCCAUUGGGUUUAUCCGGUGCUUGCAAGUUACUAUUAGUACAUACUAAACAUGAUCUUGGCCAAUUUGUAUGCGAAAAU